AUGGACAGAUCAGUUUACUUCACUAUUUACAUUUUCUUAUUUAUAAUGGGAGUUCAUAGUCAUGAAUGGGGUAGCAAAUAUACUGAAAUAUUUGACAAUAAAAAACCUGAAAAAAUGGAGUCACUGAAUGAAUUGUUCACAGCUCUUAAUCAAAUUAAAAACUUUUGGUUUAAUACUGUCGUUAUACAUUUCUGCUUCGAAAUGAGAUUAGUAAAACAUAAAUACGAAUGUACUGAUCUGGAUGAAUUCAAAGCCUCUAGAUAGAGAAAUUACUAGCUCAGAAAUAUUGUCUUAGGCCAUAUUUUCAUGCUACUAAGCAUAAACUUUAUCUUUUAGAUAUUAGAUGAAGAAGAAAGAAAAGCUACAUAACUUUAAACUCAUUCAUACAAGAUUACCCUUAUCUCAACAAGCUAUAUGAGAUUUAUUUUCGAUUUGGUCCUUUUAGUUAUGAUUGUGAUGAAUUUCAAAUUCAUUUUUGUUGAUUUGGUAAUUAAGAUGAUAUUUACCCCAUUACUUGUCUAAAAAAGCUAUCAUUGGUUGCAUGACUACAAUGUAGUUUAUAAGUUUUCAUUCUAAUCUACAAUGUUUUUCCUGCAAGGUUCAACUUUGGUUUAUCUAUUUUACUUUCAAUCAAAACUUAGAGAAACCAAUGAUUCUAACUUUAGACUAGAACUAAUAGAAAGAAGUGAUAGUAGAGAUACUAUAUUUCAAUAUAGAUUUCUUAAAGAGGAUAUCAGAGCUGAUUCUACAGAAAGUUAUAAUUUAACAACUUAAUGCUCAACAAACUAUAAUCUCAAUUCAACAGCAGAUUAUAAUUCUGAAAUUAGAACAAAUACAGUUAUUGUAAGAGUUAAUGAUUAAGAUUAAAAAUAAUAAGAUUAACUUUUCUACAAAAAAUAAGAUACUUAUAUCAAGAUAGCAUAGUCAAUCACUUUAGAUGAGGAAAUAACUUAGAACCUUAGCUCUCAAAUAAAGGAGCAAGAUGGAGAAUUACCUAAAAUUUUAUUAAGUGAGGGAAGUGAUUUCCAAAGAUUUAUCUUAUAUUGUAUGGGCUUUAAACUUAUUCCAGGAUAUUGA